GAAAUGGCUAAGAUUGCACUCGGCCUCGCGCACGCUCAGUCCAGCACGAGCGGAACCUCGAGCAUGUCGGCCAGCCUGGAGUCGUCGUCGUCCGUCGUUGGCGGUGGCGGCAGCACGUUGGCCGCGGCCAAGCGUGGUCGACUGUUGAUCCGCCAGCAGCGGAUAAAGAAGGAAAGCGAUUCAUCCUCGUCCGGCCAGCAGUACGGGUCCGAUUUGGACACCCCGGACGGGACUACGAUGUACAGUGCGCAGAACUUGCUAGCUGUACCGCAGCAUCAUCGCUUCGAGCGUCAGAUAUCCGAACCAAUCAUCCCAACGUCGUCGGCGGUUUCAUCCCCGGAAGUGCGGUCCGGUGGACCUACCCGACCGUCGCACCACUUGGCCGUCCCUUCUCAGCAGCCAUACCUAGUGAAGCAACACUCCCACCCGCUGCUACCCAGCCAAACGUCCAGCCAUUCGCACCAGCAAGCGUUCCAAGCCAUAUCGUCAUACUCGCUCCAACGACAGCUCUCUCACCCAACGGCCACGGUGGCCACCGUCCAAAGCUCGACUCCGCUGACCCUGGUGACGAGUAGCGGCGGCGCCACGCACUAUUUGGCUCCGAACUCACCCAUGAACAUCGAAUCCGACGAGGACGGGUCCAGCGCGGUGGCCACGGCAACCGCCGGAACGACCACGUCCGCCACUACAACGAUUCCGCAGAUCCAUCUGCACACCGACCGCACAAUGAGUCCCACGGUUGUUCUCGUCCCCGACAUCGAAUCCCUUCACCAGCAGCAGCACCAUCUAGCGGCGAACACCUCCACGACCACCACCGGCGGCAGUGCUGCUUCCGCGGCCCCGCUGAGCGAUCUUACGACGCCGAGUUCGAUACGGGUGAAGGGCGAGGAGCUGUCCCGGUCGGCUUCGUCGCCAUUGAUGACCUCCCGCUCGACGGAAAUCCCCGGCCUGGACAGCCAGCGCUCCAGCCACUGUCCGGUGGUCCGGGACGGGCCCGCGCUCGGUUGUAACUUUUGCUGGAACACGAUCGACGCCCACGGGCGGAUUCUGCGGCGCAAGACCAAGUAUCACUGCCCCGAGUGCCAGACGAAUCUGUGCAUCGUGCCGUGCUUCCAGGAGUACCACGAGCGCCAAUCGGCGGAAAAUCCCGCCCCCACCGGGAACGACAGCACCAGCGGCGGCGGCGGCGGCACCGGUACAUCCUCCGGAAGUAGCAAAUCCGGCCUGCGGAACUACCCCAAGUCCGGCUCGAUACGGCGACCACGUGUCAUCGAUGACCGUUACGUGCUACGACCAUAAGGAAGGUGAGUGCAUUUGAUUUUUAGUUGAGGCGAAUCAAAGAUUAGACGGCCCUUUGUUGAACUGCUGAUCAAAAUAUCAAGCAAAAU